CAGCUACGUCUAAUGUUACUGCCUACUCAGCUUCUUAUUCUUCCACGUUUCUUUCUCAGUUCCUCACCGCCUUCCCUUUUAUCUCUUUCUUUCUCUUUCAUUCUGGAUGGUUCCCACCGGUAUAAUAGUCCCCGGUUUUUGCCCCGUUUUGGAGCUUGCCAUUUCUUUCUCCCAUCUGGAUAAUCACCGCCUCACCUAUCAGUCCUCGCAUUCUGUAUGUCCCCGGGCGGAUGGAUUUGUAAGGUGCGACGAAGUGAUCGACAAAGAAGUGAAUCAAGUUCACUCUGCGGAAAACCAUCGCUACCAAAGAAAGCCCUAAACUCAUCGACAGUGGAAGGAAUGGCGAUGUCUUACUGUUUCUCAUUUUAUUUUCCCGUCAGGAGAGAUUGGAGGAAGAACGGUGGAUCCAAAUUGACGUCGGUUGCCGAUUCCUUUUGUAGAGAACACCCAAUUUUUCUCAUUUUCUUCAUUUCUUUUCCUCUCUCAAAUCAAACCGACGAAUUGCGACGCCGAUUGAGCAAACAGCUCAUUCUCAUAAACCUUAGCAGCAACGCAUCUACGGUUCGAUCUAUCUCUAUCACUUUGAUUCAAGUCCAAGACCUCUUUCACGUUUCAGCUUUGAGGUUUCAUCUAUGUUUCCGUGAAUUAAACCCAAAACCUUUUUACAGAAUCUUUAUUCUGUUUCAGAUUGAGGAAGAAUAA